AUGGCGGGUCUCGGUAGAAAGUCACAGGAACUUAGCCAGCGCGGGAUCGUGGAGAAGCAUGGAUAUGGCUGGCGAGCGCAUUUUGCGCACAUCCGCAUCUGCGAGGAGAAGGACACUUCGAUCAGAGGUCCGCUGCGUGACAGCAGAAGGAAAGCUCUUGCAGACUUGAAAUCCAUGCGAGAAUGCGGCACGGCGGCCGAGUUGGUCGCUCGCGCAGCACGGCUGAAAGAUCCUAACUUGCCUGCUUCGGUGUCCAAUGAAGUUUUUUUGUCGACUCAGCGCCUCUCGCUUUGCGGCCUCAAUGUCCAGUACCCAUGGAGUCGGCUGUUGAUGCUUGGGCGCAAAAAGAUGGAGGUGAGGAAGUACGCCCUCGGUCACUACCAGUGCUUUUCGGAGGGCGAGCAGCUCUUCCUCAUAGAGACCGUCGGCGCCGGGUCCACCAAGGGUGCCAUCGUGGACACGGAGAUUGGCCCUCCUCCUUCACGGGCUCAGGUCCUGGGCAUCAUCACCUUUGCUGGGGCGACCGAGUUCUUGGACGAUCGGGACUUCGACUCUCACAGGCAGGAUACGCUCAUCGAGGUCGACAGUCCAUUCGAUUGGUGGUCCUCGGGUGCUAAGCGGUUUUUCGGCUGGGUGGUCCUGGACGUCAAGGCUUUCAAGAUGCCCGUGUCGGUGGGAGGGCGGCCAAGGUCCAUGCUGGGCUGGACCAAGCCAGUUGAGCUGUCCUUUCAGUUCGAAGUUGCUGAGUAG